AUUUUUUUCCAAGUAUGCCAGAGACCAUUCCUGAUUAAAUAUUGCGAAAUGGGUUGUAGAUUUCAUUUUCAUUCAUUUUUUUUUUCUCACUAGAAUUAAAAUCCACCCCGUGCUAUGCACUACUGCGCUAUAUUUAGGGGAGUCGACGUGUUCAACUGCCUGCACCGGAUUGGCUUGGUGCGUUCACUGCACGAGUACAUUCGACCAAAUUUGUAUUAAUUGACGUUUGAAAGAGAAUUACCCGUUGAGAGUGUGAUCACAGGCUUGAAGAACAAUAUCAGAAAAUCUGACGACACCGUUGAUCACCAGCUGUAUUGACGGGACUUUAGUUCUGGAGUUGUGGUGGUGAUUGGCGACAUAUCCGACAUUUUCUCGCGUGCACUUGAAAGCAUCACGACCAUCCGAGCGGAGGGUUGAACGGCGUCACAGUCAUCUCGUGUGUCAUUUUCGACGGAUAAACCACCUCAGCCGACUUCCAAGCCCGGAUCAUGACUGACUACACCUGUUAGCCGUCAAUUCAUCUGUGUAUCGCCUCGUUCUUGCAGACGGGACGAGAAAUGGCGUUCCACACUGGCACCAGCGCGUCGGUUGCGGCGUCGACGACGACCGUGUUAGCGUUACUAACCGUGGUCUGCUCCUCUCCGGUCGGGGCCAACGAGGACUGCCUGUGGUACGUGGACAAGAAUGGCACGUGGCACAAUGGCUUCGACUGCCCGCUCAUCACCUUCUGCUGCGGCAACUGUCAGCGACGCUACUGCUGCUUGGACGCCUUCAAGAUGAUCACGGAGCGUGAGCAGAAGCGCUGCAUGCUCUUCCAAUUCAGUCCGACAACAUUAGCCGGCAUCGCCUCGUCCAUCCUGCUCUUCGUGGCCAUUAUCGCCACCAUGGUGUGUUGCUUCAUGUGUUCCUGCUGUUAUCUCUACCAGAGACGGUUGCAGCGGGGCCGGACUCCUUAUGACCCCCAGCAGAUCCCGAUGGCCAGCUACCCCGUGGAGCCGCUGUACGACGCCUACGGAAAACCACUUGGACCGUCCGAGUAUCCCCACCCGGGCUAUCCUAUGGCGCCCCAGUAUCCGGGAAUGCCCUCUCAGUACCCCAUUAUGCAGUCCGGACACUAUCCCCCUCCCCAUAUGGAUCCUGCUUACAGCCAAGCUCCUCCACCGUACUCUCCUCCGCAGUAUCCUGGCCAAUGAUCAGAUAAACGUGCACACACACACACACACACACAUGCACGCAUGCGUGCACAUACACGCACACACAACAUGCGGUCAAUGGCAGCAAUGAGGGGAAAAAUGGACUUUUAAAAGAAGGAAAGCAGCAACAUUUCUCACACACACCUCAACAGACAAAUGCUUCGGUGUUCAUCCAGCAUAAAGAUGAUGAUGGGGUUUUUUUUUGCAGCAGGUAACAUUUCUGCUAGAUUAAAUGACAGUGUGGUUUUUGCACAGGGCGUGGUCAGCCAUUUUCAAGACUUUGUGUGACGGAAGGUGCCGUGACUGAACAGAAAGCCGCCUCGUUAACACUACAUGGUUUUAAUUUUGUCAUAUUGUGAAAUUGUUUUGUUGAACAAAAGGGGAAAGUGCAUCCAGAUAUUUGGCAGGCUAAAUGUUUGGAUGAGUCCUACGACUAUUGGAAUCAGGGUAUGUACAGUACAGUGUGACAUCCCUUUCUAUUUCCCCCCCCCCAUUUAUCCUUUUCCAAAUACACAUUUGACACUUGAUAAGUAGUGUUAAUGUGGCACGAGGCAACAUGCUAGCUCAUAUCUGUGACUGAUCCAGAAAUAUGAUUACAUAAUGUGCGUUUGUUUUUUUUGCUUUGUUUUUCAUGUGAUUAAAACAUGCAAUUGCCAUGCAAGUGAUGCAUGUUGGAUUGACAAAAAAAAAAAGAAAAUAGAAAAAAAAACAAGAGGUUGUAUUUGCUAUAAGAACGUGUUAAAAAUACCACACUGAAAAGAAAAAAAAAUGGCAAAAUCUAUUUUUUUUUUUUGAGAAAAAAGGUAAAGGUUGUAUCCCAUGUAUUAAGAAACUUUUGUCGAAAAUUGUAAUUUUAAUUGAAGAAAGUUAUGGUACAAGUCAAAACGCUACAAGAAUUCCAAGUCUUUUGCCAAAAUUGAAAGUUGUGUUACAACAAUACCAUAAAUGUAACAAGAAAAACGUGGUAAAAUUCCAAGAUUCAACCAAAAUUUGCUGCUGGAUUAAAAAAAUAUUAUUUUUGUGUGCAAAUAAAGUCAGAGUAUUAAGAGUUAAUUUAACAAAAUUAUCACAAGAACAACGUGUAAUUUUUGUGAUUUUAAAAAAUGUUACAACUAACAAAAAAAUUACAAUAGAUUUUAAUAUUACAAUUAUAAUUUUACUGGGGGGGAAGUCAGUCUGUUGUAAUUUUACAGUGAAAUUAACAAUGAAAUUUGGAUUUUUCUAAAAAGCUGUAAUUUUACAUGAAAAAAGUCAAAACACUAUGUGAUAUGAAGAGUUGGAAUUAUUACCCUGCGAUACCUAUUCCAGAAAAGAAGUAUUAAUUUUGCAACCAAUAAAGUUUUCAUUUUACUUGAACAAAAGUAAUUUUUGCUUGAAAAUCCGCAAUGGUAAAUUGUCAUUUCUUUUAUGAGUAGUUGAAAUUUGACUCAAAUAAAAAAAUAAAUACCAAAUUGUUGUUUCAUAAGAACAUCACAAGAAAGAUGUAAUAUUUAAGUCUUAAGAGUCCAAUUUUUUUUUUGUGCUCAAUUUCAAAAACCCCAAAAAACAAAAAGGUAUAGUUGUGACCUUUGAACUGCUAUUUUCUUUCCAGUGUGGUGCUGCUAAAGCCGGUACGUAUGCCAUGAUUGCUGCUCGAAAUAACUUGUGGUUUUGAUGCUACUUUGAAUCUUGUCGUUAGUUGAAACGCUGCAUUGUUUUCCAUACGUUGCUGGACGCUAACGUUUCUUUUAGCUGCACCGUGUAACAUCUGACCAGUGUCGGCAUGCUCCCAACUUCCUUUCCUUUCCAAAACGAAGUAGAACUAUAUUUGCAUUGAUGUCAAUGUAGGAUGUGUUAGCGUGAUGUCCAUGGUGAAUAUUUACUGUUAUGUUUAUUAUUAGUUCUGGUGUAACAUAUCAGGUCGAGGGAGUUGGCGGUCGUUUACGCUGCUUUGAAUUUUUGAACUGGACGCACAACAUCCCACCGCCCCUGUCACCGUGAAACAAAAGCUGUAUUUACGCUGCAAGGUCCAAGUGGCACCCCCGAUAUUUAUGUCGAAAAGAAAGGGGCGGGCGCUAUUGGUUAUCUUCACGUUGGACUCAAAUCUGGAUUAAAAUGGGAUACAUAUUGGAUAGCUUUUGGUUUGAGUGCAAUGUGAAAACAGAUGGGAUAUGCUUCCAUUUUCUGAGCCGCUUAUCCUCACAAGAGUGCCGGAGCCUAUCAGUUAUCAUCAGGCAGGAGCCGGGGUACGCCGUGAACUGGCACACAGAGACAAACAAGAGUCGCACUCUCAAUCGCACGUAGGGGCAAUUUAGAGUGUCCAAUUAAUGUUGCAUGUUUUUGGGAUAAGGGAGGAAACCCACACACCCACAUGGAGAACACUCCACACAGGCGGGCCCGGGAUUUGAACCUUGGUCCUCAGAACGCUCCAUAGCUGCACCACCAUGCCCCCACAGAUAGGAUUAAUGUCACAAAAUGGUGGCAAAGCACAGAUCAGAAGACAAAAUGGGUAUUCCGUUAGGACUGAUUUAUUUACUCCGCAACAACACAGACCAACAAUUAUUAGAAAAACAUAAACACCAUGCAUCUAACAUGUACACAGUCGUUAUCCUUUGUCAUAUAAAUGACUAUUCGGUUGUUAAAUUAAUCAACAGAAAGGAACCAACUUCACAUGAGGCUCAAUUAUAGCAUGGGCUAGCCCGCUCAUCUAAAUUAACUGAAAUGUAAUCAUGUGGGAACACAAAAAUGUCGACUACAAUUUUACACAAACGGUACUGCGUCAUGAAACACUCUGCGGUAUUUUCUCUGUUAUAAAUGUUGGCAAAAGAGAUUCCUGAGAGAAGCAACCGCACAAGGUGCGUUCGCCGCCAACGAUACAAACGCAGACACGAAACGCCGUCAGUGAAUUAAACCUAGCGACGGCGACAGUAUUUCCCCAGAUGGCGCCAAAGUAAUACUUUGUUUGCCCUGCAUGCAGAAAUAGAAAAUGAGUUUUUCAACAAAUAAUACAAAGAUGUGUUCCAAAAUUGGAACGGACUCUUGGACAUGCAGCGUAAAUCCACUUUCAUAGUUUAACGGUUGAAAUCCAUAUUUUGGAAUCCCGUACCUCAUCUGCUUUGCUGUGUUAUAAUGAGAUCUUAUUGAGACUUAAUGCAAACAAUACUUUUGCUUUACAAUGUAAUAAAAUGUACCUCUUGUAGCCAGUUUUUAGGCUAUCCAGCUAAUUUUUAGGCUAUCCUAUCCAACACAUCCGGGAAUGGGAAGAAAGGAAGAAAAAAAAAAAAGACUCCAAUGUUGAUGGCCCUUAUGUUUGUUAGACAAACUGCAUUUUCCUCCUAAUCGAGCCUUGACUCAUUCUGUCUUUUAAUCAUAUUUGCGCAAACUGUGUAAUGUUGGUAGUUACUGAGCCAUUAGAAAGCACACUGGAAAUGUUUCAACGCUUUCACCUGUACUCCACUUCAUGAAUUCUUCUUCCAUGGCUUUUUUUGUUUGUUUGUUUUUCCUCUGAUUGUGUGUGU